AUGCAUUUAUAUCAUAGAGGUACAAUCAAUUAUACACUACCAGUGUUAUUGAUUAAUAAGAUACUGUCAUUGGUGAUACAUAGCUUCAAGGUGAAUCAAUCAUUGUAUGGACCAGUGGAGACCACCCGACAUAUACUCAAUCUGGCAUUGAUAUCCAAGGAGUUCUUUCAUUUCAUCUCGGCACACUUCCAAUCGAUCAACCUAUGCAGCAUGAACAAAUCAUUCUCCAACUUCCAUGUACAUCAAUCCAACCAAUACUGUCUGGUCAAGAUGAUCACACGGCUCGAGAUCAACUCGAUUGGCCUCGAUGCAUUGGUCAGCGGCCUUCUAGACUAUGACCAUAUGGGCCGAUCGUUCCUCGCCACCAUUGAGCACCUGACACUUCGCCACGACCUCAAGGUCGGUCAGAGCGAUGUGAACAUCGUCGUCGCCACGCAGCAGAUGAAGAGCCUGCGAUCGCUCAAGUUCUACGACAUGACCUAUGGACGCGUGCGCUGCGACCUCUUGCUCUCGUUCCAUUGUAACAUUCACAAGAUAUCGUUGCACAACGUGGCCGACACUCAGAACAUGUCCGCCUUCCUUGAGAUGCAGACCUCCAUUCAUUCUCUAGCCCACCACUCCAACUUCUCAAACAUGACCGACGCGAUCAAACUCCGUCUGGAGCGGGUGCUCGUGUGCAACCAGGACACUCUGACCAAGCUGACGCACUGCUUUGGAUACCACCUCCGUCUGCCGCCUCGCGAGCGCAUCAGCAAGCUCUCGCUGCUCUCGGACAGCUUCUCGCCCAGCUCGCCGCAGUUCAUCGAGUAUCUGCACCGGACGUACCAUCUGCGCAAGCUGGUGCUGACCUUCUUUGGCAACUACUCUGACUACAACCUGUCGCAUCUGAACAACUGUGUGUCGAUCGAGAAGCUAAAGCUGCACAUUCACAAGUACGACACGCGCUAUGUGUCGAUCAUCUUCUCGAUACCAUCGAUCAACAAGCUCAUAAUGUCCAUCUAUCACAAGGAUCAGAAUGAGGUGGUCUCACUCGAUGACAACUACACCGUCAAGGCCAUUGGCAAAUCAUACUCAAGGAAGCAAUAUGUAAUCAAACGAACAACUCCGCAUCCAAACAGCAGCAGCUUGGUCAUGGCGCCUCCAUCCCCAUCAUCAACAACGAUAUAUAUUCCAGAACAUCCAACAUCUUUCCAGUCACAACAAUCGAGUGUCAACACAACAUUA